AUGCCGCAGACACCUUCGACCCGUUGGUGCCCGACGCCGGAGCAGCUGAUGAUCCUGGAGGAGAUGUACCGGAGCGGCGUGAGGACGCCCAACGCGGCGGAGAUCCAGCAGAUCACGGCGCACCUGGCCUACUACGGCCGCAUCGAGGGCAAGAACGUCUUCUACUGGUUCCAGAACCACAAGGCCCGCGAGCGCCAGCGGCUCCGCCGGCGCCUCUGCUCCCGACACCAGCAGCAGUACGCUCAGCAGCAGCAGCAGCAGGCCACCGCAGCAGCGCCGGCUUCGAGCCCUAACAGCAGCGCCACCCUUCCGUCUCCGGCAGCAGGCGGCAGCAGCGCCGGUGUGCAUCCGGCGGUGAUGCAGCUGCACCAGCACCACCACCCAUACGCAACCAACUUCGUGCCACACCUGGGCUACUUGGGGCAGCAGGCGUCGACUGUUCCGCCAGUGCUGAACCCAGCUGCUGCCGGCAUGGUGGACCUUGCAGCUGCAGGAGCAGGAGCAGGAGCAGGAGGAGGAAAUAAGGCUACUGGUGUAGGCGGUGCCUAUGGAGGUGGAGCUUCGCUAUACAACAGCUGCAGCAGCAAUCAGCUGGAGGAGUGGGACGCCGCAGAGGCCAUGGAGCACUGCAACGCCAGCUGCGGUGCGGCAUCGGGCAGCUCUGACGAGGGUGGCGCAGCUCAUCUCCAGCUGCCGCCAUGCUGCCGCCGCUCUCUCAAGACCUUGGACCUCUUCCCCACUAAGAGCACUGGGCUCAAGGAUGAGUGCAGCAGCUCCAAGUCCUCCUCUUGCUCCACAUCCACCAACUAA